AUAUUUAUCUCUUUAUUUUUGUCUGUGUGUGUGUACAGCUGGGCCUGUUUGCUGAUUUAUAGAAUUCAAAGGAAAGUAGGAGAAAUGAGAAGUACAGGAAGGAGGAGGAGAGAGGAAAUGAUCAUAUCGAAACUUAGACUUGGACAUGCUGGUUUAAGUGAUGAAUAAUUUAUCAUGGGAAAGCAUUGUACAAGGAAAUGCGACUUUGGGGAGUUUUUUUUAACGACAUAACAGUUGUUGGUGGUAAGGCACUAUUCAUUGUUUACCAACUGCCAUUACUCUAGAAGAAGAAGACGAAGAAGAAAAUCGGAAGUGACGCAAUUACCUCUCCUCUUGAACCAUGCUUGAAUGGAGGUGACCUUACUUAUUACCAAAUUGUAAAGUAGAGAAGUUUGGGGGACCCCGCAGGUAGGUGAGUCCGGUCCGGGUUGGAUAAUAAGCUUGUCGUGAAUAUCUGAGCGGACUUUGAGGUGUCUUCAGAGUGAACAGACAUGGCGGAAGCUCAUCAGGCACGCGUGCAGACAGUGGUCGAAGACAUGGUCCAAAGCCUGGAGAGGGAACACAUCCGUAAAAUGCAGGGGCGCAUGUUCAGAUGCAGCGCAGAGUGCUGCGACCGCUCCACAGACACCAUGGCUCAGGUGCAUCAGUGCAUCGAGACGUGUCACACACCUCUGGCCAAAGCUCAGGGGUUGGUCACUUCAGAGCUGGAGAAGUUUCAGGACCGUCUGACCAGAUGCACGAUGACCUGCAACGACAAGGCAAAGGAUCUCUUUGACUCCGGUGCCAAGGAGCCAGCUGUUCGAUCGUUGAUGGAGCGCUGCGUGGGCAGUUGUGUGGAUGACCACAUUAACCUGAUCCCCAGCAUGACGCGACGAAUGAAAGAGAACUUGGACUCUAUACGGCAGUGAGGAGCAGGAUGAAUGGCUGCAGUCCGUCCUGGGGACAGCUCGGGCUCACUGGACGCACACGCAGCAGUGCGGGGUUAUUUGUCUGAGGAAUGAAGGGCUGGAGGUGCGGAGCGAGAGUUUAAAGACUGGUUAUUAAUCUUGGUGUAUAGAGAUUUAAACUUUGAGAUAAAGGUUCUCGGCCUGUUAAAUCUGACUUUAUCUGCAGCAGGUAAGAAAUCCAGUAAUGCAUCAGGUGUCAUGUUGUAGUGUGUGAACAAACAACCUGAUGGUGUGCAUUUGUGAAACUUGGUUAAUGUAUUUAAUGCAGAUCUGUGUUGCAUUUCAAAGCGUAAAGUAAACCAACCAGUGUAAUCCUCACAAAGGAUUUUGUAUUCUCAAUGAAACUCCUCAGAAUCAUGA